CUCUCUCUGCUUCCGUCUCUCUCUUUCUGAAUUACAUGAUUGUUAAUUGAGGAAAUCAAGUUAUCAAAGUAAUUAAGCAAACAAAAUUGAAGCCAGGCGCAUCACGACUCACGUCAGAGGAGUUGCUGCUUCCAACUUGCAGAGGUCAUGUGGCCAAGAUUAGUAGCCAACAAGAUCCUUGGAAAGAGAUUGAGCAACAACAACUUUGUGGCAGAUUUUCCAGGUGACUCAAGAACCUGUAGCUUGCUGGAUAUUUCAAGCUUAGGUCAAACAUCGUUGAGCGAUAACACCAUCCGCAAUCAGCGCAAGGACAACUUCCACGACUACAGUGUUUUCGUCAGCACAUGGAAUGUUGGCGGGAUUGCACCACAGGAAGAUUUGGAUAUUUCCGAUUGGCUAGAUACUCCCAAUAAUAUUUGCGACAUAUACGUUUUUGGGUUUCAAGAGAUUGUGCCUCUAAGAGCAUCAAAUGUCUUAGGUUCUGAAAAUAGUAAGGUCUCAAUGAAUUGGAAUUCAUUGAUUAGAGAAGCAUUGAACAAGAAGAUUCAGUAUUGCCUAGAAAAACAGAAAUACAACCACAAGCAGCUAGGUAUAAGAACACAAAAAACCUCUUUCAUCGAAGAUGAAAGGACAGUAUUCGAAAGCAGCAUUCCUGAAGACUUCCGGUGUGUCAUUUGUAAACAAAUGGUCGGGAUAUUAAUAUCAGUUUGGAUUCGAAGUGAUCUCCGUCCUUACGUCCGGCAUCCUAGUGUUUCUUGUGUAGGCUGUGGCAUCAUGGGCCUCGGAAACAAGGGAUCUGUGUCGGUUAGAUUUCGGUUACAUGAAACAAGCUUCUGCUUUGUGUGCAGUCAUCUAGCUUCGGGAGGCAGAGAGGGAGAUGAAAAGCUUAGAAAUUCUGACGUAGCCGAAAUAUUUUCUCGAACAAGCUUCCAUAGACGCCCUUCGCUUGAUUUGCCGCGAAAUAUUCUAGAUCAUGACCGGGUAAUUUGGCUUGGAGAUUUGAACUAUAGAAUUUCUCUACCAGAAGCAACAACUCGAUUAUUGGUGGAUAGAAAAGAAUGGAAUGCAUUGCUAGACAAUGACCAGCUAAGGAUGGGGCUCGUAAAUGGACAAGUAUUUGAAGGUUGGCAUGAAGGACUUAUCAAAUUUGCUCCCACUUACAAAUAUUGCCUGAAAUCAAAUGUAUAUUUUGGAUGUGCUGAAGGCCAAAAAGGUGGGAAGUGGCGUGCCCCUGCAUGGUGCGAUCGGAUUAUUUGGCACGGGGAGGGGCUAAAGCAACAUUUGUACACUAGAGGUGAGUCAAACUUGUCUGAUCAUAGACCAGUCAAGGCCAUGUUUACUGCAGAAGUUCAGGUUUCAAGCACAUUAAGAGGGCUUCAAAAAGUCUUCCUAUCAGAGAGGUUUGAUCAAAUAACGACCAGAUUUAAGAUGCCAUUAUCCGAUCGAUAUCCAUGUAAGAGCAGAUCAAGCUUCAAAUUAUAAAAAAAGAUACAUCAAUCAGUAACCACACAUAUAUCAAUGUAUGUAUACACCCACAUAAAGUAAGUGAUUAUUUAUAUUAUAUUAUCUAAUACAGAAAG